UGUCGCUCUCGCCCCGGGUCCCCGCGCCAGAGACGCAGCAGACCCCCCCGCAUCCACCGCGCGCCCUCGCUCGCCUCGCCGGUCCGCAGCCGCCCAGCCCGACGCCGCUCCCCGCAGCCAUGUCCACCCGAUCGACGUCCUCCUCCUCCUACCGCAGGAUGUUCGGAGGCCCCGGCACCGGGAGCCGACCGAGCUCCGGCCGGAGCUACGUGACCACGUCCACCCGCGCGUACAGCCUGGGCAGCGCGCUGCGCCCCAGCACCAGCCGGAGCUUCUACGCCUCGUCCCCGGGCGGCGGCUACGUGCAGCGCUCGUCCGCGGUGCGGGUGCGCAGCGCGGUGCCCGGCGUGCGCCUGCUGCAAGACUCGGUGGACUUCUCGCUGGCCGAUGCCAUCAACACCGAGUUCAAGAACACCCGCACCAACGAGAAGGUGGAGCUGCAGGAGCUCAACGAUCGCUUCGCCAACUACAUCGACAAGGUGCGCUUCUUGGAGCAGCAGAACAAGAUCCUGCUGGCCGAGCUGGAGCAGCUCAAGGGCCAGGGCAAGUCGAGGCUGGGGGACCUCUACGAGGAGGAGAUGCGGGAGCUGCGUCGCCAGGUGGACCAGCUCACCAACGAGAAAGCGCGCGUGGAAGUGGAACGGGACAACCUGGGCGAGGACAUCAUGCGACUCCGGGAGAAAUUGCAGGAAGAGAUGCUGCAGAGGGAGGAAGCCGAAAGCACCCUGCAGUCUUUCAGACAGGAUGUGGAUAAUGCAUCCCUGUCACGCCUUGACCUUGAGCGAAAAGUGGAAUCAUUGCAAGAAGAGAUUGCCUUUUUGAAGAAGCUACAUGAUGAGGAAAUCCAGGAGCUGCAGGCCCAGAUCCAGGAGCAGCAUGUCCAGAUUGACAUGGAUGUAUCUAAGCCUGACCUCACCGCAGCUCUGCGGGACGUUCGUCAGCAGUAUGAAAGUGUGGCUGCCAAGAACCUCCAGGAGGCGGAGGAAUGGUACAAGUCCAAGUUUGCUGACCUCUCAGAGGCUGCUAACCGCAACAAUGACGCCCUGCGCCAGGCGAAGCAGGAGUCCAAUGAGUACCGGAGACAAGUGCAGUCCCUCACCUGCGAAGUGGACGCGCUUAAAGGAACUAAUGAAUCUCUGGAACGCCAGAUGCGUGAAAUGGAAGAGAACUUUUCUCUUGAAGCUGCUAACUACCAAGACACUAUUGGCCGCCUUCAGGACGAGAUUCAGAACAUGAAGGAAGAGAUGGCUCGUCAUCUUCGUGAAUACCAAGACUUGCUCAAUGUGAAGAUGGCCCUUGACAUUGAGAUUGCCACCUACAGGAAGCUGCUGGAGGGCGAGGAGAGCAGGAUUUCUCUGCCUCUUCCAAACUUUGCCUCCUUGAACCUGAGAGAAACAAAUCUGGAUUCACUCCCUCUGGUCGACACCCACUCUAAAAGAACACUUCUGAUCAAGACGGUGGAAACCAGAGAUGGACAGGUUAUCAAUGAAACUUCUCAGCAUCAUGAUGAUCUUGAAUAAAAAUUGCGCAUGUUUGGUGCAGCAAUAUAUUACCAGCAAGCAUAAAAAAAGAGAUCCAUAUCUUAAAGAAACAGCUUUCAAGUGCCUUUCUGCAGUUUUCCAGGAGUGCAAGAUAGAUUUGGAAUAGUUAUAAGCUCUAGUUCUUAACAACCGACACUUCUAAAAGAUUUAGGUGGAAAAAAAAAAACGUUUACAACAUAAUCUAGUUUACAAAGAAGUCUUGUGCUAGAAUACUUUUUAAAAAGCCUUUUUGAAUACCAUUAAAACUGCCUUUGUUCCUCCAGCAAGUAUCUGACCAAGUUGUUUCUGCUUCAAUAAAUCUUUGGAAAAACUC